GCCUUUAUGAUGGCUGAAAAGCCUUUAAUAACUCAUGAAUAUAGACAGAUUAUUAAGAAGCUUUCAUCUAAUGAUAAAAAAACAAGAGAUUCAGUAGUUGAGUUAUUACCUUCUUUACUUUCUUUAAGGCCUUUAGAAUAUAUUGAGCUUUUGAAGCUUUGGAAAGGGUUAUAUUAUUGUAUGUGGAUGUGUGAUCGUCCUCUUGCUCAACAAAAACUAGCAAAUGACUUUGUAAAUUUGAUUUUUAAAUGUCCUUCAAAUAAUUCCCUUUUAUUUUUAAAGGCAUUUUGGGAAACUAUUUGCAGGGAAUGGAAUUUAAUAGAUUCUUUAAGACUGGAUAAAUUUUACCUUUUGAUACGAAAAAAUAUUGAAGGAGGAUUUCGUUUAUGUAUGUCUUUAAAUUGGUCAGAAAAAGUAGUUAAUAAUUAUGUUUUAUUACUAGAAGAUAUUCCUUUAAAUCCAACAAAUCCUAAGAUUCCAAAUAGUAUUCGUUAUCAUAUUUUAGAUGUCUAUUUAGAUGAACUUGAUAAAGUUUUUCCUGUAAAAAGUAAAAAUCAAAAUUUUCAAAUUAAAGUAUUUUUGGCACCUUUUCUAAAUUUAGUUAAGAAGUCUCCUGAUAAAUAUUUGAAAAAACGAAUAUCAGAAACUAUAUUUCUAGAUAAACGUAUUGAAUUAUGGAACAAUAAAAAGGAUGAUUAUAAUUUUGAUAAUGAAAUUUUAGAUGUAGAUGAUAAAAAUAAUGAAGAUGCUUUUGUAGAGGAAUGGUAUGGAUUUGAUGACCAAUAGUAUUUUCAACAAAAUA